AUGCCAGCCUCUCCCACUCGCUGGGUGCCCAACCGGUACCCUACCGCUCGCCGUUCUGACCACGUCGACAUCUACAAGAGUGAGACCAAAGGCGAGGUUCGCGUUCAGGACCCGUACGAAUGGCUCGAGCACAACACGGAGGAAACCGAUCAAUGGACGACCGCCCAGGAGCAGUUCACGCGCGAAUUCCUCGACCAGAAUCCCGAACGGCAGGACCUGGAGAACCAAAUUCGGAAGAACAUGGAUUACGCGAAGUUUUCCGCACCCGCCUUGAAAGACGACGGCCGCUGGUACUGGUACCACAACAGCGGCCUCCAAGCACAGUCGGUGCUCUACCGCUCUAAGGACAGCAGCCUCCCUGACUUCUCCAAAGGGAACGACGUAGGGGGCGAGGUAUUUUUCGACCCAAACUUGCUCUCUUCCGACGGCACUGCAGCACUCGCGGCGACUGCAUUUGCACGCUCCGGAAAGCAUUUCGCUUAUGGUAUCUCGCGUUCGGGCAGCGACUUCUUCACAGUCUAUGUCCGCCCCACCACCGCCCCGCUGGCGUCUGUGGAUGGCAGUAAGCCGUCUCAUGAUGAUGACCGGCUUCCCGACGAGAUCCGCUUCGUGAAGUUUUCUGGUAUCUCUUGGACACACGACUCGAAGGGAUUCUUCUACCAGCGGUUCCCAUCUCGGGAGACCCAUGGUUCGGCAGCCGACGAUCUGGCAGGUACCGAAACGCAAAGCGACAAGAACGCAAUGCUCUUCUAUCACAAGGUCGGCACGCAGCAAUCCGAGGACGUUCUCGUUUACAGAGACGAGUCGAAUCCCGAAUGGAUGUGGGGCACGGAGAUCACUGAGCUCGAUGGUCGUUAUCUGCUCCUUUCAAUUACACGGGACACUUCGCGAAAAAAACUGCUGUGGAUCGCGGACCUGCAAAAGGGGUCGAUUGAUCAGAACAUUCAAUGGGACAAGCUCAUCGAUGAGUUCGAAGCAAACUAUGAAUACAUUGCGAAUGACGGCACGAAAUUCUACUUCCUCACUAACAAGGACGCGCCGCUGUAUAAGCUCGUCAGCGUUGACAUUGCCGACCCGGCCGAAAAACGUGUCUUUAAGGAACUCAUUCCAGAAGAUGAGAAGGCUCACCUGCAGGACGUCCUUGCGAUCAAUGGCGACCAUGCGGCGGUCGUCUACAAGCGUAACGUCAUCGACGAGAUCUACUUGUACCAGUUGUCUACUGGCAAGCAGCUCACGCGUCUUGCGCCUGACUUUGUCGGUGCGGCAUCGGUCAACGGCCGGCGCGGCCAGUCGUUCUUCUUCUCUACCUUGACUGGCUUCACCAACCCGGGUAUCGUCGCACGGUACAACUUCGAGGAAAAGAACGAGGAUCAACGAUGGAGCAUCUACAGGACGACUCUCGUGGGCGGUCUCGACCCGAAGGACUUCUCGGCGGAACAGGUUUGGUACACCAGCAAGGACGGGACUCGCGUGCCCAUGUUCAUCGUCCGGCACAAGGAUACCAAGUUCGACGGCACUGCGCCUGCCCUGCAAUAUGGCUACGGCGGCUUCACGAUCUCUAUUAACCCGUUCUUCAGCCCGGCCAUACUGAGCUGGAUGCAGAAGUAUGGCGCCAUCCUCGCCGUUGCAAACAUCCGGGGCGGAGGCGAAUUUGGAGAAGAAUGGCACCUCGCCGGCACCCGUGAACGGAAGGUUAACUGCUUCGAUGACUUCAUCGCCGCGACGCAAUUCCUCGUCGACAACAAGUACGCGGCGCGAGGCAAGGUUGCCAUAAACGGCGGCUCGAACGGAGGCUUGCUUGUGGCCGCGUGUGUCAACCGCGCGCCUGAGGGCCUUCUGGGUGCCGCCGUUGCCGAUGUGGGCGUUCUGGAUCUGUUGAAGUUUGCAGACUUCACCAUUGGCCGCGCAUGGACAUCUGACUACGGCGAUCCGCACAACCCGCAUGACUUCGACUUCAUCUACCCGAUUUCGCCCGUGCACAACGUCCCGACGGACAGGACAUUGCCUCCUCUCAUGCUCACGACUGCCGACCAUGACGACCGCGUCGUGCCUCUGCACUCCUUCAAGCAUGCUGCAACGCUGCAGCACCUGCACCCGAACAACCCACAACCUUUGCUGCUCCGCGUCGACAAGAAGGCGGGCCACGGCGCCGGCAAGUCUACGGAGAUGCGCAUCCGGGAGUACGCGGACAAGUACGGCUUCAUCGCGCAGACCCUCGGUCUCAAGGCCAAGGAUGCGUGA